UUAUACUUCUGUGGAUUCGAACUAAAAUGUUAUCCAAAAACCAUUUGGUUUCAAAUUCAAUGAACAUUUUAACACUGAUUAAGUCUGGUGGUGUUAUUGAUAUAUCACGAUAUCACCACACACCAAAAUAUAGCAACAUUAAUUUGAAGGUGCUAAGGGUCGCGAACAAUCAGUUAUCAAGGUUCGGUAAAGGCUACAAACGCAGAUGUUCCAUAUGGAGUCAAGGAUACAAAGAUGAGUUUGACUGGCAGGAUGUUAUUACAGAAGCUGAGCAAAUUGUGGGAUAUCCCACAUCUUUCCUUAACUUGAGAUGGCUGUUUAACGAUGAGAUUGCUAAUACGGCAAUUCAUUUACGGAAAUUGGUUGGUACGAAUCAUCCCCUCUUGAAAACAGCAAAGAAUAUCUUAAUCGGGUCCAAAAGCAACCUUCAAUCUGUGGGACUGAUUAUUUUACUUGUUUCAAAAGCUGCUGGCUUCGACUCUCAAAACUACACAGGAGAACACCAUGAUUCAGGAGUCCUGCACGCCCAGAGAGCGUUGGCUGAAAUCGUGGAGAUGAAACGAACUGGUCAUUUCAUACAUAAAACUAUGGCCAAUCUUCAAGAUAUGGAGAAGUGUGGGGAUAAAUAUAAGGAUUUUCUUUAUGGCAAUAAAAUUGUAUUGUUGACAGGUGAUUAUCUUUUGGCAAAAUGUCUACAAAAUCUAGGCGGGCUUCGCAAUAAUGAGGUGACAGAACUAAUAUCCACUGGACUACGAGAUCUGGUGGAGGGAGAUUUUUUAGGCGAGCAUGAUGACGAAAACAAACCAGUUCCAACCAAACCUAAAGGCUCCAAUGAUGUAAAACGAAAUUACUUAUGGGAGGAAGAAGAUAAUCUUUUGAAACUUGGUUCCAAUGAAUUUCUGGGUCAAGGAAAAGAUGAGUGGCUUCUACGGACUAUGUUGACUUCGGGCAGCCUUCUUGGCAAAGGUUGUCAGGGAGCCAUGAAACUUGCCAAUAGAAAUCACUUGGAGGCGGACGCGUACAAAUUGGGGGGACAUUUAGCCAUCACGUGGCAACUAUAUUUAGACAUAAAAGACUUCUUUGUUCACCCAUACUCAUACUCUCUAGUCGGAGCUCCAGUUAUCAUAGCAAUGUGGGAGUACCCGUCACUCUAUGGUCACAUCUGGAAAGCUAAAGUUGAGAAAAGACCAAUGGAAUACAAGCAAUUGUAUUAUGCUGUAAGGAGUACGAGAUCCUUGGAAUACAUAACAAACUUCUUGAAUGAUGAAUUGGCGGCUGUAAUGCGGUGCAGUGAUAAGCUUCCAUUGUGCGACGCUAGAGUAGCGUUACAGAAAAUGGCGAUGACUAUUCAUGGGGAGACAUUGCAAUACAUGGAAAAAUAAGGAAUGAGUAUUCGUAUUUAUACGUAUACAGAUCAUAAAUGACAAUAAAAAUUGGUCUUAAGCUUC